AGUCCGAGUCGGGAACCCGCGCCUUGCGGCCGGCGGCCGGGGGCGAUGAAGAUCUGGAGCUCGGAGCACGUGUUCGGCCACCCAUGGGACACCGUCAUCAAAGCUGCCAUGAGGAAGUACCCGAAUCCGAUGAACCCCUGUGUCGUGGGAGUUGACGUGCUGGAGCGCAGUGUGGAUGGCCGGGGCCGGCUUCACAGCCACCGGCUCCUCAGCACCGAGUGGGGGCUGCCCGGCUUCGUGAAAGCGAUUUUGGGAACCAGUAGGACUUUGACAUACAUCAAAGAACAUUCCGUUGUGGAUCCAGUAGAAAAGAAAAUGGAACUUUGUUCCACCAAUAUCACACUCACAAACUUGGUGUCAGUGAACGAGAGGCUGGUAUACACACCCCAUCCAGAGGACCCUGAAAUGACUGUGCUCACACAAGAAGCCAUCAUCACCGUGAAGGGGAUCAGCCUCGGCAGCUACCUGGAAAGUCUGAUGGCCAACACAAUAUCAUCCAAUGCAAAGAAGGGGUGGGCUGCUAUUGAGUGGAUAAUUGAAAAUUCUGAGCACGCUGUGAGCUAACGGGGUCUGCACCUGCACCUUGUGAUGAACAGUGAUGCCUCACCCAAAAAAUCAAAGAAGAAAGAAAGAACAAAAGAAAAAAAAGGAAGGAAGAAGGCAAGGAAGAAAAAAGGAAGAACUAAGCGAGCCUUGAAUAUGGUUCGCCCAGUCUGGGAGAGGUGUGGAAACUUCUGGAAUCUGCCACUUACCUGGUCACAGCCUCCACCGGGCUCUUCGGCUGCGACAUCUCAAGACAGGAGGCCUGUCUGUUGCAGAAUGAGACCCACAGAAGAGAAGACCCCUAUAGCAGGAGAAGGGCAAGGGCUGCAAAGCUGUCACCCUGCCGCUGCCCACGGCCCCACCGCCCCUGGGCCAGUGUUGUCAGACUGCUCUUGUGCCUUGUCUGUUCUCCCCUAGGUAGCAGCUCCCGGCAAUUUUCUGCUGACUCUUGGGAUCUUACUAAACCACUCUUUUCCUGGUGACUCCCCAUAUCCCACCUGUGCCCCUUGAUCACCUGUCUGCACUGCCAGCCUCUUCACACAUAUCUGGGCGCUGUCUGUCACUUCAGAUGCCGCUGUGGUGUGUCCUUCUCACCAUUAGUGCAGAUCUGCCCACGCUGGAGUAGGGGCGUCCAUCCCCACAGCUGCGUGUGUGGGGACAGUACCGUGCGUUCUCCCGUCUCACGGUUGGAAUUGGUCAGGGGAGCCAAGCACUGUGUCCCAUGCUGCAGCUGGCUUGUCCUGCGCUCUGGGACCAGAGGCCCCAGGGGCUGAAGGCCUGUGUUACUUGUCAUUGUUCAGACCUGUCUGUGGGGAUGCUCACACAGAGUGGCUGUGACGAAGUAGUAAAAGUGCUUAUGAGCGUAAGCUGACCUGUUAGCUUUAGGGUACUUCCAGGUGGGAAUUUUAACUUUCCUGUUUUCAAAAGUCGAAUGUAAAAUCUUUCAGUAUGCUUCAAAUUCUAAAAACUUGAGAGAAGGCCUCCUCCGUAAACAGUGAGUAGCACUGUGUUCUUCUGUUUUUUAGGUCGUGUUUUUUGUUUGCUAACAGUACUUCUAAUCCAAAAGGAAAUGACAUUCAUUUAUAUUUGUAUCAGAGUGUUUUAUGCAUAAAGCUUAUGGCAACACAGAAUUAAAAGAUUUACGGUAAAAACAAACCCCCCUCAACCCCUUCGGCAAAGCAUUUUUCUGUCCUGCUGAGGGAACGCUCAACUCUUUUGGCAGCUUUUAGCUUUUGCUGCUAGAUUUCUAAAUAAAUAAACAUACCGUUAUUUCUUGAUUUGCCAAAUUUAGACGCUAUCUAGGAAUUAUUUACCUCUUUGGUAGAUUAUUAUUUUCUCUCUCUUAUAUCUUCCUUCUCUCUCCCUUUCCCCCAAAAUAGCUAUAUCGUUUAUGGUUGAAAGCACAGAGUUUCCAUAAUUUUGAAAAUACAAAUGCCUAACUGUUGUUUAUUACUAAGCCAUAAUUGCAUUUUCCUUCUUAUGCAAUUUCCCCCCGCCUAGGGGAUAAUAAUUCUUUUCAUCUGUUUAAUUUUAUUUUUUAAAAGUCUCUGGCUAAGUCCUUCCAUACUCUUACCCACUGUUAGCAGUACGUCAUAACGUCAUUUUCCACAGGUCAGUCUUUUUGGGCAGCACACCCAUUCCCAGUUUCCAUGGUGCCAUCCAUUCUGGAAGCCAGGCCUCGCUCUCUGACCAAACAGCCACGUGGCUGUCAUCCCCUUUUCUGGGCAUUCCUGGGCAUUUCCUUGGCCUUCUCUCCUGGAGCCCUUGUUUCCCUGCUUCCCUGCUUUCCUCUUUCUCUUUACUGUUACAGGAUGGGGAAGGACAUCUCUUUGUGGUUUCUAAGACUUGGUACAUCUGAAAAUGUCUUUUCUGUUCUCAUACUUUGUUCACAGCAUAGCUUGACGUACAGUUCUUUAAAAAAAUAUUUUCACUCAGAAUUUUGAAGGCAUUUUUCUAUUUUUUUUCACUCAGAUUAUCAACUUCUGUAUACGAAUUAUUUCUCUCCCUGGAAGCUUUUAGGGUCUUUUUAUCCUUGAUGUUCUGAAAUUUCAUGAGGUUAAGCCUUAUUUGAAGUGAUCUUUUAAUAUUAUUAUUAUUAUGUUUAUUUUAUUUUUGAGAGAGAGAGAGAGAGCACGAGUGGGAGAGGGGCAGAGAGAGAGGGAGACACAGGAUCUGAAGGAGGCUCCGAAUCUGAACUGUCAACACAGAGCCCGAUGCAGGGCUCGAACUCACAAACUGUGAGAUCAUGACCUGAGCCAAAGCCGGAUGCUUAACUGACUAAGCCACCCAGGUGCCCCAUUUGAAGUGAUCUUUUAAAAUUCAUUGUGCUGCACUGUGCAUGUUAAAUUCCUGGUUUUGAUAUUGUAAUUAUGCAUGAUAUUAUUAGGGGGAAGAGGGUCAAGGGUACAUGGGACAUUCCUGUAUUAUCCUUGCAGCUUCCUGUGAAUCUAUAAUAAUUUCAAAAUUAAAACUAAAAAAAUAUAUAAAUAGUAACAUCAUGGAAAAUGGUAGAGGUGGGUGCUCCAAGAAUCUGUCCCUCCACUGAAACAACCAAUAAGCUGGCAAAAAAUAACAGAAUCAAUGUUUGUAGAACUGUGGAUUCUAAUAGAAUACUUCAACCAGGGGAGCAUUUAAUGAAUCCUGAUUAAUCUACCCUGCAGAUUUUGGACUUGCCAGCCUCCAUAAUUAUGACCGCUAAUUACUUAAAAUAAAUCUCUGUCUAUAUUUACACAUUCUAUUGGUUCUGGUUCUCUGGAAACCCUAACUAAUACAUUAUUAGAGCUAAAUUGGUAUUGAUUCAAAUUAUAUUUUUCUGAGUUUAAGAUGUUAAUUAUAAUCACCAGGGUAACUAAUAAGAAAAUAACUAAAAAAUAUCCAGAAGAUAAAAGGGGAAUGAAAAUGGUACACUAGAAAAAAAAAAAAACCCAACACAACAGAUGAAGAUGGAAAUAAUUCAGGAACAGAAAGUUUUGGAACUCAAUAGAAAACAACUAACAGUGUAAAAAAAAAAAAAAACCAAAAAACAACUACUGUAAAAAGUUAGUGCUUCUUUAACAGUAAUUACUUUAAAAGUAAAUAGAUUAAAUUCACCAGUUAAAGGACAGAGAUUGGCAGAAUAGAUGAAAAAACAUGAUCCUACUAUAUAUGCCGUCUACAAGAGACUCACUUCAGAUCCAAAGACACAAAUGGGUUCAAUGUGAAAGAUGGAACAAGAUAUUCCAUGUAAAUAAGAACCAAGAGAGCUGGAGUGGCCAUGCUCAUAUCAGACACAAUCUACUUUUGGUCAAAAAAAUGUUAUAAGAGACAAAUAAGGACAUUAUAUAUCAAUGAGAGGGUCAAUUCAUCAAGAAGAUAAACAUUAUAGCCAUUUACACACCAAGCUACAGAGCCCCCAAAUAUAUGAAGGAAACAUUAGCUGAACUAAAAGGAGAAAUAGUUCUACAAUUAUAGCUGGACACUUCAAUAACCCACUUUUAAUAAUGGGCAAGACACCUAGACAGAAGAUCAAUAAGGAAACGGAGGACUAGAAUAACACUAUAAACCAACUUGACCUAACAUAUCCAUAGCACACUUCACUCAACACCAGAGUAUACAUUUUUCUCAAGAACACAUGGAUUAUUCUCCAGGAUAAACCAUUUGUUAGGCCAAACACCAAGUCUCAAUAAAUUUAAGAAGACUGAAAUCACAAAAUAUCUUUUGUGAUCCCCAUGAAGUGAAAUUAGAAAUCAACAAUAGGGGCACCCGGGUGGCUCAGUUGGUUAAGCAUCCGACUUAGGCUCAGGUCAUGAUCUCAUGGUUUGUGAGUUUGAGCCCCGCAUCAGCCUCUGUGCUGACAGCUCAGAGCCUGGAGCCUGCUUUGGAUUCUGUGUCUUUCUCUCUCUCUGUUCCUCCCUCCCUCCCUCUCUCUCUCUUUCUCUCUCUCUCACAAAAAUAAACAUUAAAAAAAAAAAAGAAAUCAACAGUAUAAGGUAAAUGGAAAAUUCAGAAAUAUGUUGAAUUUUUAAAGUAUAUGCUAACAACUAGCGAAUCAAAUAAUAAAUUACAAAUGAAAUUAUAACAUUUUGAGAUGAAUGGAAAUGAAAAUACAACAUAUGCUAUGAGAGCAGUGAUCAAAGGGAAAUUCAUAGCUGCAAACACCUAUGUUUGAAAGAUCUCAAAUCAUUAACGUGACUUGAAGGAACUAGAAAAUGAAGGACAAACGAAACUCAGAAUAGAAAACUAAACUAGAGAAUAGAAAAAUAGAAUCAUUGAAAUCAAAAGUUGUUUAGUUGAAAAGAUCAACAAAGUUGACAAGACUUUAGUUAGACUGACCAAGAAUAAAAAGGAUUCAGAAUAAAAAUAUCAGAAAAGAAAGUGAGGCAUUACUACACAUCUUACAGAAAUAAAAGGAUAUAAGAGAAUACUGUGAACAGUUGUAUACCAACAAAUUAGAUCAUCUAUAUGUGAUGGAGAAACUACUAAAAACACACAAAUUCCCAGAACUAAUUUAAGGAGAAAUAGAAUCUCAAUAGACCUAUGACAAAGACAUUGAAUCAGUAAUUAAAAACCUUCCGACCAAAGCUUCUUAGGGGGCAGCAUAGGAAGGAAGCCCUGAAGUUUGGUGUAACUGCAACCUAGGUAGAUGGGCUAAAGGUAGGCAUCUGGUCUGACUGCUGACACUGCCCAAGAAGAAGCCUGCAUUGGCUCCAGACUGGUACAUUCUAACAAUGCAGGGAUCAAACCCUGCCCAGUGAGCCCCCAGCAGACAAAGAGAGGCAUUACGGAUGACUGAUCUGAAGACAAAUGCAUCCCAGGCAUAACAGUAGGACACACGUGGCCCACAUAGGAGACUUCCCUGAACUGCCUGGUUCUGGUGAACAGGAAGCAUUAUACUGCAGGGCACUGUGGGACCUCUUCUUCAUAAGGCCACUACUUUCAAGAUCAGGAGAUGUGGCAGACUUUCCUAACCCAUAGAAACAAACACAGAGAGACAAAAUGAGAAGACAGGAGUAUGUCCCAAAUGCAAGAACAGGACAAAAUCACAGCACAAGAGCUAAAUGAAAUGGAGCAAAGCAAUAUUCCUGAUAGAGAAUUCAAAGUAAUGGUCAUAAAGAUACCCACUGGACUUGAGAAAAAGAGUAGAGGAUCUCAGUGAGACCUUCAACAAAGAGAUUGAAAAUAUGAAGAAAAAAAAAAGAA